AUGGCUAGCAAGAAGGCACAGGUGCGUGAUUCCGAUCCUAUUCUCAUCAUCUCGUCGCUGACCCUGUCGCCAGGAAAUGGUUCAGAGUCUCCCUUCUGGCCCGGCAGGAGCACAUCCUUGAACCCAGGGCCCUCGAAGAUCUAUGGUCAAAACACCGUGGUGGGCGCUUCAUACUCGCACGCAAAUAUCCUACAGUCUGUUCCCUCUCGGCUUCGUGAAAGGGGUAUCGCCCCACGCACGGCCGAGAACACCGCCAUCAGCGAACGCCCCAUCCGUCGCAUCGCAUCUGGCAAGCCGCCAUACGCCGGGAUCAUGCCUGACGGUGUCGAUGAGUGGAGUCGGGACCCCUCCCAGGAGGACGACGAUGAUGACGAGGAUGAUGAGAUUGUCUACGAUGACGACGAAGAUGAGUUUGGACUGCCCAGUCUUGCUAGCAUGAGGAGAAAGAAAGCGAACCCCGUGAAACCCAAGAAUAUCGACCCGGGCGGCGGGAUUGGAGGAUAUUCGUCGAGCUUUGGAUUCGGGAUAGGGGCCAAUAACAGACCACGGGCGAAUAGCUCCGACAUCGCCGAGGAACGGAGUGCUGCGAUGUAUCCCGCAGCCCGCAUGGGCGAAGGAAAGAUUCUCCGGCCGCAGUUCAAAGACAUUUUACAAGACCCUGCAAACGCCCUGAACCUGAUCAAUCACUUCCCACCACCUACAAAUGCUUCCGCUAAAGAAAGGGAGAUACAUUCGAGUCGCAUCUCACGGAUCAAUAAAUUCAAGCGCAUCUUGCAAGCGAGCACCGUGUCUCUAAGUGAAUUACGAGACCUGGCUUGGUCUGGAGUCCCAGAGGAGGUCCGGCCAAUGACCUGGCAGCUUUUGCUGGGAUAUCUACCCACGAACAGCGAAAGACGCAUAUCCACUCUGGAGCGAAAACGCAAGGAGUAUUUGGACGGGGUCCGACAAGCCUUUGAACGAGGCAGCGGAGCAAGCUCAAGCAAUCCUCCUGCAUCGAACACUGGGCGUGGUAGAGGGCUGGAUGAAGCCAUUUGGCACCAGAUCAGCAUCGAUGUUCCGCGCACAAGCCCUCAUCUCCCUCUCUACGGCUACGAAGCCACGCAGCGGUCCUUGGAGCGAAUCCUUUACGUUUGGGCUAUUCGACACCCCGCGAGUGGCUAUGUGCAAGGCAUCAACGACCUGGUGACACCAUUUUGGCAAGUGUUCCUGGGCGUGUACAUCACUGAUUUGAAUGUUGAGGAAGGGAUGGACCCGGGCCAGUUACCGAAAAGCGUGUUGGAUGCAGUGGAGGCGGACACUUUUUGGUGUCUCACGAAGCUCCUAGAUGGCAUCCAGGACAACUAUAUCUAUGCCCAGCCGGGAAUCCACCGUCAGGUCCGGGCCUUGCGCGAUUUGACGAUGCGCAUUGACUCUACCCUGGCGAAGCACUUGGAAAAGGAAGGGGUUGAAUUUAUGCAAUUCAGUUUCCGAUGGAUGAACUGCUUGCUCAUGCGGGAAAUGAGCAUCAAGAACACAAUUCGCAUGUGGGACACAUAUAUGGCCGAGGAGCAGGGCUUCUCACGCUUUCAUCUCUACGUCUGUGCUGCGUUUUUGGUUAAGUGGACCGAUCAAUUAGUGAAGAUGGAUUUUCAGGAAGUCAUGAUGUUCCUGCAAGCAUUGCCUACGAAGGAUUGGACAGAGAAAGACAUCGAACUCUUGCUGAGUGAAGCGUUCAUCUGGCAGAGCCUUUUCCAGGACUCGCGCGCUCAUCUUCGGUCUGCGGGCGAGCCACCGGAAAAUGGUGUCUUUUAUUGA